AGCAAUAUACAUUUGUUAUUCAUUCUUUAUUCUCUAUUCCUGUCAUCCUUCGACGAGGUUUCGACCUACUCCGACCAUCCUCCAACGAUGUUUCGAUAUGCUCUGACUAUCUUUCAAUGAUGGCCCAAUAUGCUCCAGCCAUCUUCUGGCGAGAUUUCGACCUGGUCCGCCCAUCUUCCGGUGACGUUUUGACUUAG